AUGACAGUCCCGAAGGACCAGCAGAGGACGGCUCUCGAGUCCUUCCAGCUGCUCUCCCACAGCAGUAACAUGGAUCUGCUCAGUUCGGAGGUGGUGGUGCAGGGACUUGAUGAUGUAUAUUGGUCAGGGGAAUUCCCUGAUCAAUUUGUUGAACUUACAGGGUGUGAGUCUUUGGUCAAGGGCAUCUACAGGACACCUACUCUUGGACGUGGCUUAGAAAAGGUAAUAUGGAAUUAUCCUUUUUUCAUGAGCUGUCAGAGGGUAUUAAAUUUUCAAGCUUAUUCAUCACUGAGUUAUUAUCUUUCUACAGUAUAUAAAUCAGUGGCUCCACCAACAAGAUUAAGAUAUAACAUAUUAUCUCAUGACAGUAUUCAGAUCCAAUGGAAAGCUCCCAAAGGGAAAUUUAGUGGAUACAAACUUCUUGUAACUCCAACUUCAGGUGGAAAAACCAACCAACUGACUCUUCAGAAUACUGCAAAUAAAGCCAUCAUUCAAGGUCUUAUACCAGACCAGAAUUAUGCAGUACAACUUAUUGCAUUUGAUAAAGACAAAGAAAGUAAACCUGCCCAAGGCCAAUUCAGAAUUAAAGAUUUGGAAAAAAGAAAAGAACCUAAGCCUAAAGAACCAAAGCCCAAAGGCAAUGGAAGUAAACCAUCUCUACCAACAGAAGAAAACAAAUUUGUUUGCAAGACACCGGCCAUUGCUGAUAUUGUGAUUCUGGUAGAUGGUUCAUGGAGCAUUGGGAGAUUCAACUUCAGACUGGUUCGCCUUUUCUUGGAAAAUUUGGUGACUGCAUUCAAUGUGGGAGCAAAUAAAACUCGAAUAGGCCUUGCACAAUACAGUGGUGACCCACGAAUAGAAUGGCACCUGAAUACCUUUAGCACCAAGGAUGCAGUGAUUGAUGCUGUCCGGAAUCUACCAUACAAGGGAGGAAACACCUUAACAGGUCUUGCCUUAAAUUACAUUUUUGAAAAUAGUUUUAAACCAGAAGCAGGAGCAAGGACUGGAGUAUCCAAAAUUGGCAUCUUGAUCACAGAUGGAAAGUCUCAAGAUGACAUUAUCCCUGCAUCAAAAACUCUACGUGAUUCUGGUGUUGAACUCUUUGCCAUUGGUGUGAAAAAUGCAGAUGUAGCUGAACUACAGGAGAUUGCUUCAGAGCCUGACAGCACUCAUGUCUACAACGUUGCGGAGUUUGACCUAAUGCACACAGUUGUGGAAGGCCUGACAAAAAUAGUUUGCACCAGAGUUGAAGAACAGGAAAAGGAAAUUAAAGGUUCACGUGUGACCAACAUUGGACCUCCUACAGAUUUGGUCACGUCUGAAGUUGCUGCCAGAAGCUUUAGAGUUACCUGGACUCCUGCUCCAGGAGAAGUGGAAAAAUACAGAGUUGUAUAUUAUCCAACUAGAGGUGGAAAACCAGAGGAGGUGGUAGUGGACGGAACUGAAUCGACCACAAUCCUGAAGGGUUUGAUGUCUUUAACGGAGUAUCAGAUAGCAGUGUUUGCAAUAUAUAGUACCACCGCCAGUGAAGGCCUUCGGGGAACUGAGAUGACACUUGCUCUGCCCAUGGCAUCAGAUCUUGAACUGUAUGAUGUGACUGAGAACAGCCUGAGGGUCAGAUGGAAUGCAGUGCCUGGUGCAUCAGGAUACAUGAUCCUCUAUGCUCCUCUCACCGAAGGACUGGCUGGGGAUGAGAAAGAGAUGAAAAUUGGGGAGACACUCACAGAUAUUCAGCUAAAAGGAUUAUUGCCAAAUACCGAAUACACAGUGACAGUAUAUGCCAUGUUUGGAGAGGAAGCAAGUGAUCCCGUUACAGGGCAGGAGAUGACAUUGCCGUUAAGUCCACCAAAAAAUCUGAGAAUUUCUAAUGUUGGAGCUAACAGUGCUAGAAUAACAUGGGAUCCUGCUUCAAAAAAUGUCAACGGUUACCUCAUUUCAUAUACCACAAGUAGUGGAACUGAAACCAAUGAGGUUGAAGUUGAUGGUGUUUCCACAUAUUCACUAAAAGGCUUGACAUCCCUCACUGACUAUAAUGUUGCCAUUUUCUCCAUCUAUGAGGAAGGGCAGUCUGAGCCUCUGAUGGGGAGUUUCACCACAAAACAAGUUCCAGCCCAACAGUAUCUGGAGAUUGAUGAAGUAUCAGAAGAUAGUUUUAGAGUGAGUUGGAAGCCCUUAUCUCCUGAUGUUGCCAGGCAGAAAUUGAUGUGGAUUCCAGUAUAUGGUGGAAAGGUUGAAGAGGUUGUCUUAAAUGAAGAUCAAGACACAUAUGUUAUUGAAGGACUGCAACCUGGCACAGAGUAUGAAGUUUCUCUGUUGGCAGUACUCAGUGAUGAAAGUGAGACAGAAGUGUUGAGCGUUCUUGGAACUACACUUGAAGGUCCUUCAAUAGUACCUCCUGUCACUACUGUGUCUCCUACUGGCCCAGUAACUACAGUUUUCCGAACAGGAAUCAGAAACCUGGUUGUAGAUGAUGAAUCUACUUCUAGCCUUCGGGUAAAAUGGGACAUUUCAGACAACAGAGUGGAGCAGUUCAGGGUGACCUACCUAACUGCUAAAGGGGACCAUGCUGAAGAAGUGAUAGGAACGGUUAUGGUGCCAGGAAAACAGAACCAACUUCUUCUCAAGCCUCUGUUGUCAGAUACUGAAUACAAAGUCACAGUGACUCCCAUCUAUUCUGAUGGUGAAGGGGUCAGUGUGUCAGCUCCUGGAAAAACAUUGUCACUUUCUGGUCCCCGAAAUUUACGUGUCUCAGAUGAAUGGUAUAACAGAUUGCGAAUUACUUGGGAUCCUCCAUCUUCACCACCAAAGGGCUACAGGAUUGUCUAUAAGCCCAUUAGUAUUCCUGGUCAAGCAUUAGAGACUUUUGUGGGGAAUGAUAUUAACACCAUUCUGAUUCGAAACCUCAUCAGUGGAGCAGAAUAUAACGUGAAAGUGUUUGCUUCUUAUCCUUCUGGUUUCAGUGAUGCUCUGACAGGCGAUGUGAAGACUUUGUUCCUGGGAGUGACAGAUCUUGAAGCAGAAAGAAUUCAGCCAAACAGUUUGUGCGCCAGGUGGAAACUUCACAGUCAUGCUUCUGCCUACAGGGUCUCCAUAGAGGAUCUCGAAGAUGGGAGAAAGCAAGAAAAUACCCUGGGUGGUGGGACAUCUAGCCAUUGUUUCUAUGGACUUAAGCCUGAUUCAGAGCAUAGAAUCAGUGUUUCUACACAGCUCCAAGAGAUAACAGGACCUAGUGUAAGCAUAAUGGAAAGAACACGGCCAAUUCCAACUCUGCCACCAGCAACAACCACGCCUCUUCCAACCAUUCCCCCAGCAAAGGAAGUUUGCAAAGCUGCCAAGGCAGACCUAGUGUUCAUGGUGGAUGGAUCCUGGAGCAUUGGAGAUGAUAAUUUCAAUAAGAUCAUUAACUUUCUAUAUAAUACUGUUGGUGCCUUGGACAAGAUCGGAGUGGAUGGAACUCAAGUGUCCAUUGUUCAGUUCACUGAUGAUCCCAGAACAGAAUUUAAGCUAAAUACAUAUAAAAGCAAAGACACUCUCCUUGAGGGGAUUAAGAAUCUUUCCUACAAAGGAGGAAAUACAAAAACAGGAAAAGCACUUAAGCAUGUUCGAGAUGCCUUGUUUACUGCUGAAGGAGGAACAAGAAGAGGCAUUCCCAAAGUUAUUGUGGUCAUUACUGAUGGCCGAUCACAGGAUGAUGUAAAUAAAAUUUCCAGGGAACUGCAACUGGAAGGCAUCAGCAUUUUUGCGAUUGGUGUGGCUGACGCAGAUUAUGCAGAACUGGUUAGCAUUGGCAGCCAGCCCAGUGCAAGACAUGUCUUCUUUGUCGAUGACUUUGAUGCCUUUAAGAAAAUUGAAGAUGAGCUGAUUACUUUUGUCUGUGAAACCGCAUCUGCAACUUGCCCUCUGGUCAAUAAGGAUGGCAACAGUCUUGCAGGAUUUAAAAUGAUGGAACUCUUUGGUUUAGUUGAAAAGGAUUUUUCAGCUGUGGAAGGGGUUUCUAUGGGACCUGGCACUUUCAAUGUGUAUCCAUGUUACCAGCUACAUAAAGACGCUCUGGUUUCCCAGCCAACCAAAUAUUUGCACCCAGAGGGAUUGCCUUCAGACUACACCAUCUCUUUUCUAUUCCGGAUAUUGCCUGAUACUCCUCAAGAACCAUUUGCUCUCUGGGAGAUUUUAAAUAAGGAUUCUGAUCCACUCGUUGGAGUCAUCUUAGACAAUGGAGGCAAGACAAUUACUUACUUCAACUAUGAUUACCAGGGGGAAUUUCAAACUGUUACCUUUGAAGGACCUGAAAUUAAGAAAAUAUUCUAUGGAAGUUUUCACAAGAUGCAUAUUGUUAUUAGCAAGACCUUGGCCAAAGUGUUUAUUGACUGCAAACAAGUGGGUGAAAAAGCAGUAAAUGCAUCGGGCAAUAUAACUUCCAAUGGUAUGGAAGUCCUGGGUAGAAUGGUCAGAUCCAGGGGACCAAAGGACAACUCUGCUCCAUUCCAGCUACAAAUGUUUGACAUUGUUUGUUCUACAUCGUGGGCCAGUAGAGACAAAUGCUGUGAACUCCCAGGACUGAGAGAUGAGGAAAACUGCCCAGCUCUUCCACAUACCUGCUCCUGUUCUGAAAUCAGUAAAGGGGCAUCAGGACCUGCCGGCCCACCUGGUGGUCCAGGACUCCGAGGACCAAAGGGCCAGAGAGGUGACCAAGGUCCAAAGGGACCAGAUGGUCCUCGUGGUGAAGCAGGUUCUCCAGGACCCCAGGGUCCUCCUGGCCCUCAAGGACCAAGUGGACUUUCCAUUCAAGGCAUGCCGGGAGCACCAGGUGAAAAAGGAGAGAAAGGAGAUCUUGGUUUUCCAGGUCCACAGGGUAUUCCAGGGAGUACUGGCUCACCAGGACGUGAUGGUUCCCAAGGCCAGAGGGGCCUGACUGGUAAGGAUGGACCCACUGGCCCCCCAGGACCCCCUGGACCAAUUGGUAUCCCAGGAGCACCAGGAGUUCCGGGUAUCACAGGAAGCACUGGCCCACAAGGUGACCUAGGACCUCCUGGUCUUCCUGGAGCAAAGGGAGAAAGAGGGGAACGGGGUGAUUUGCAGUCUCAUGCCAUGGUUCGUGCAGUGGCUCGCCAAGUGUGUGAACAGCUCAUCCAGAGUCACAUGGCCAGGUACAAUUCUAUCCUCAACCAGAUUCCAAGUCAUUCUUCAUCCGUACGGACUGUUCCUGGGCCUCCUGGUGAGCCAGGAAGACAAGGUUCUCCUGGUACUCCUGGUGAACAAGGACCUCCAGGCCGACCAGGCUUCCCAGGCAACCCAGGCCAACCAGGAACCCCAGGAGAAAGAGGUUUAUCAGGUGUCAAGGGAGAAAAAGGAAAUCCAGGCAUUGGAAGUCAAGGACCCAGAGGCCCCCCUGGACCUGCAGGACCUGCAGGUGAGGGUCGAACUGGUAGCCCUGGGCCACAGGGCUCGCCCGGUCCACGAGGUCCACCUGGUCACCUCGGUGUUCCUGGACCACAGGGACCUUCAGGCCAGCCUGGCUACUGUGACCCGUCUUCCUGUUCGGGUUACGGUGUAGGAGCACCUGACCCUGACCAGCCGGAGUUCACACCUGUUCAAGAGGAUUUGGAAGACCUGAUCUGAUGGCCCUAGGAACCAUUGUUACAGACAAGAGCUGGAAAAUCCAUGAAAAGAACUCCUGAGGAAUUGUUAGUAAAGGAGAAUGUUGUAUGCGAUUUGUAUGGUUCAUUUGUAAAGCUGUUGUUCAGUAAGUAGCCUGAUUUGCCCUCUUAGAACAUAUUUGCAGGGUGAUAUAUUGUUAUGAUUAUUAUCGUUGAAUAAUAAUGAAAACCAAAAAAAAAAAAAAAAGAACAUCCCCUUCCUCUGGGGAAUAAGAGCAAAGCAAUAAAAACAAAAACAAAAACCCCAACUCCAAAGCCCUGUAACAUUGGUCACUAUCCUUAAAGAAUGGUGUUUCCUUUUACUGCUUGAAACAUAUGCCAGAUUUUUCAUGUUUUUUAAGGAAGGUACUCAGCAUAGAAUGCGAAAUCCACUUCCAACAUUGGACGUUUUCCCCUGCUCUAAUAGGCAAUUUGAAAUCCCAGAAUUACAUAGUAUUGAUUGGACUAGGGGAAAAUGGGCCCCCAAGAGAAAUAUGGUCAAAGGGCAUUCCAAGUUUACCUCAGGGACCCAAUAAAGGAAGUCACUGACUGUUAGAAAGACACCCUCCACGGAGGGAACGCAGUCAGGAAAACACCAUUUCUCAUUAUGGGUCAAUCCAACCCUAAUUAUUCCUGGUAGAUUUUCCCACACUCUCAGAACUGAGGACAUGAGUCGUGUCUCUUUGCAGUCAAUGGUUUUACAAACAAAUAUUAUUUUUUGUGCUUUGAGAAAUGAAUUGUUAUCCUAAAACAGUGAACCUCCCACAAUCUAAAGAGAGAUCUAUAUUUAAUGAAAGAAUUCUUUAGUUUUUGGUUGCUGGGAUUUCUUCAUUGAAUCUACAUGGAUUGGUGUGAACACGCAGAUAAUUUAUUGUUUACCUAUUUCCAUUCUGUUUUGUAA